GGACCGCUCAAAAAGGCCACCUCUUGCUUCCACCUCACCCCUCUCUCUCUCUCUGCGCGUGAAGACUCGUUCAAUAUCUCAGUCCAAUUAUAGGAAGAUGAACAACCAACGCAACCCUCUACUCAGCUGGGUUUACAACUGCCAAGGGAAGACAAUGGAAGAGCUAAGAACGUCCCUUCUAUACACAACUUUGGAACUUGAUCAAACACGGUUGGCAGCUCAAGAGGAGAUUAGAAAGAAAGAUGAGGAAUUAAUUCAUUUCAAAGAUCUGCUUAGGGAAGCCAUCAGGGAGAGAGACGAAGCACAAGAGAAAUGUCGACUCCUCCUUGAGAAGAUCUUACUCCAACAUCAUCCAACUCCAACUGCUCCUCUUUCAGGAAAUUCUAGCAUUGAAGACGAACCAAGAAUUAGAGGAAUCGACUCAAACAAUGGCCUCUCAUCCUCAGAUUGUGAGGAGAGCAUUGUUUCACCUUCUCCGGUUGUUGACCCAAUUCCACAAUCCUUGCCACAAGCAACAGUAGAGCAGCUAGUGUCUGGGAAGCCAUUACCGGAAAAAGGUAAGCUUUUGCAGGCAGUGAUGAAUGCCGGUCCACUCCUUCAGACUCUCCUUCUCGCCGGACCACUUCCCCAAUGGCGGCAUCCACCUCCCCCACUUGAGUCCUUUCAGAUUCCUCCGGUGACCAUUUCUUCACCACCACAGCCAGCGCUCCUCCCUCAAGACUCAAUCACCAACAUUCUACGUUGCAAUAGUACCCCCACCAGCUGUGGCAUCAACAGAAAAAGGGUUCUUUGUGAAGCCUCUGAUUCUCCUAUAGAUCAGACAAAGUACCAAAGGCUUGUUAUUCAAUGACAACUAUUUCCAAGAAAUCCCAAUAUUUUUCAUUACGAUUAGAAUCCACCAACCAAUAUUAGUUGGGUAAGUGACCGAUCUUGCAAUAUUUGUACCGAGGUUUUUCCUAGGAAAGGAACUGCCAAGAUUUUUACUCACUGAGAAUGGAAAAGAAAAGAGCUUUCUCUUUGCUCC